CGUCGGCAUUUGGGCCACUCGCUCGCUCAAUUAAUCGAUCCACCGACUGCACCAAAAAUAUAUAUAAAAGACAACAAUGGAAGUCCUCAAGACUGAGCAACGCUCUCAUGCCAAAUCCGAGCGACUCCACUCUCGCGCCGGUUUUUCCACAUUUUAGCAGAAAAGAAAAAUUAGCGGGAGAGCAGAACUUCGGAUUUUCAUGUGAAACUCACAUGCACGUGACUCACAUUGGCGUCUCCCUUUGACACAUUUCAAAAAGCAAUUCUCAAUCACAGACUCUCUGUUCCUCUCUGCUCUCUUUCUCUUUUCCUUUUUUUUUUUUUCUCCCUUCGCUCCUAAAAGCUUGUUUAGGAGGGAAGGGACUUGGAAAAUGGAGGAGGAGAGGAAGGAGAAGCUGACUGUUAGCCGACACCGUUUUGUAAACAGGAAGAUCUCCAGAUUUGCAGAGCAUUAUUCCUUGUGUCUUCUCUUCUACAUCUUCUUAGCUGUUUUCAUCACCGGCGCUAACGGUUUCAAUUACGCCGACGCUCUAACCAAGAGCCUUUUGUAUUUUGAAUCCCAACGCUCUGGUCGCUUGCCAUACAAUCAACGUGUCUCCUGGCGCGACCAUUCUGGCCUCACCGACGGACUUGAGCAAGGGGUGGACUUGGUUGGAGGAUACUACGACGCCGGCGACCAUGUCAAAUUUGGUCUUCCGAUGGCGUUUACAGUGACAAUGCUUUCAUGGAGCGUAAUUGAAUACCGAGACCAGAUCGCCAAUGCCGGAGAAUUGAAGCACGCACUGGAAGCCAUUAAAUGGGGGACUGAUUACUUCAUCAAGGCGCAUACUGCGCCUCAUGUGUUGUGGGCAGAGGUUGGUGAUGGAGACACCGACCAUUACUGCUGGCAACGGCCGGAGGACAUGACAACCUCACGACAAGCCUACAAGAUCGACGAGAACAAUCCGGGGUCGGAUCUAGCCGGAGAAACCGCGGCGGCAAUGGCGGCAGCAUCCAUCGUGUUCAAGAAAACAAACCCGUAUUACUCUCAACUGCUAUUGCACCAUGCCAUACAGUUGUUUGAGUUUGGGGAUAGGUACAGAGGGAAAUACGACGAGAGUGUGAGGGUGGUGAAGAGGUACUAUGCGUCGGUGAGUGGGUAUAUGGAUGAGUUGUUGUGGGGAGCGAUGUGGGUGUACAGGGCCACCGACAAGGACGAGUACUUGAAGUAUGUAAUUAACAAGGCGCAUUGCUUUGGUGGAAUUGGAUGGGCCAUUACAGAGUUCAGCUGGGACGUUAAGUACGCUGGCAUUCAAAUUAUGGCUUCGCAGUUGUUGAUGCAAGAAAAGCACAAAGAACACAGUCACAUCUUACAGCAAUACCGAUCCAAAGCCGAGCACUACAUUUGCUCAUGCCUCAACAAAAAUAGCGGCAGUAACGUGGAGCGCACACCGGGAGGCCUUCUAUAUGUUCGCCAAUGGAACAACAUGCAGUACGUCUCAACAGCGACGUUUUUGCUUACUAUCUAUUCUGACUUCCUUCAAAAGUCAAAUCAAAAGCUGAGCUGCCGUGGUGGAACCAUUGACCCAGAAGAGAUCCUCAAUUUUGCCAAAUCUCAAGUAGAUUAUAUACUGGGUUCCAACCCAAUGAACAUGAGCUACUUAGUGGGUUAUGGGUCGAAAUACCCGACAAAUGUCCACCACCGAGGGGCAUCCAUAGUAUCCUUCAGAGGGAGUAAAGGGUUCAUUGGGUGCACUCAAGGGUAUGAUAAUUGGUACGGUCGGUCAGAUCCGAACCCGAAUGUUUUGGUCGGGGCUUUGGUCGGAGGACCUGACUGCCAGGAUAAUUUCAUGGAUAAGAGAGACAAUUAUAUGCAGACAGAAGCAUGCACAUACAAUACGGCACCGUUGGUUGGUGUUUUUGCAAAACUCGUGCAAUUGGAGAACGACCAGAAGGGUCUUCUUGCUUCUUAUAAGAAAUGAACAAAGAAGGAAUUUCAGAUAUAAAGGGGGUUUUUUUUUUUCUUUUAAAAAAAUAUAAAUUCUUUUUUUUUUUUCUUGGGGUGAACUAAGAUGUUCUUGCCCCAUUAGUACCUCUACUUCUGCUUUGUUGGAUGUUUAUAGCAGUUGCUAAAGUAUAAAAUUAAAUGUUGGAUGUUA